AUUUCCGCCUAAACGUCAAACAUCGUUUCUGUCUUUCUUUCCGUCUCUUUAGUUUUGAUAAAGUAGACACAUUUCGUGAAGCUAAGCCAUCAAGAUGGUCCAGAGAUUGACACUGAGAAGACGUCUGUCUUACAACACCAAGUCUAACAAGCGACGCAUCGUUCGUACACCUGGUGGCCGCCUUGUUUAUCUGUACGUGAAGAAGCAGCGUACCGUGCCAAAAUGCGGACAAUGUAAGGAGAAGCUCAGUGGAAUCAAGCCAUCCCGGCCAAGCGAGCGUCCGCGUAUGUGCCGUCGUCUGAAGACCGUCACCCGUACCUUCGGUGGAGUUCUGUGCCAUCGUUGUCUGCGCGAACGCAUCAUCCGCGCAUUCCUGAUCGACGAACAGAAGGUCGUCAAGGUGCUGAAGGCCCAACAGCUCGGUAAGCCCGUGAGCAAACCUCCGAAAAUCCAGAAAGUGAAGUCACCGGUCACUGCCACAACCACCAAGAGCAGCAAAAGCAAGGCCUCUGCUUAAGGGAGAAGGAGCGAGUACAUCGGUUAAGUUAUAAGAACAUGCUACAAAAGAACUUUAAUAAAAUUCAGAUACAUGAAUAGGAUCUGAAGUUUUCUGGAUAA